AUACAUAGAUAAACAUUCCGGAUUAAUUCCGAACGUGACGGAUUCCUGAAGUGAUCAAUUCGUCGUUGUCGUUGUCACGAUCAUCUCAUCCCAGGUUUCCGCUGGACGGUCUGUGUACACAUCCGCAUACAUCCACGUGUCGUGUCUCGCGUCUCAACUGCAAUUAUUAUUUUGCAUUUCUUUAAAUCACUUUAGAGGCACUCAUGUUUUGUACGUGCGAUCGCUGUAUAUUUGCUCAGGUGAAAAACUCGAUUGCACAAACGCAUCAAGUUUAUUUUUAUCUGCACAGGAUUUUGAUGCUCUUAGAAAAGGAAGUGUAUCGAGUUAAUAAAAUUGUCAAGUGUGAAAAGCUUUGCAUGCCAUGCCGAACGAAGGAUGUUAGACAUUUUCUAAGCGAAGGCCAGAUUUAUCUGAACAUGACGAAUAUUUUGCACGAGCGCAAUCAGAAAAUGUCCAAGAUGUUUGCAAUUAUGUUAAAGGCCAUGGACAUUUACUCGAGGCUGAAGGUGCACCUGCGGGACCAGGUAUUCGAGAGUGGCUGGAAGAGAGAUGAGGAACAGUUUGAUGAGGGAUCGAGCACUUUUAGCGAGGAGGAAGAUGAUGAUUGGGCUUUCGAGAAUUUAAUACCUGUGUACGAUGACUUUGAGCUGGUAAAUUUCGAUUUCGAAGAAGACGAUUUGUGCGGACAUAUUGAUGUUUGCUUCUAUUGUCUUGCCGAGGUGUACCAUCGCAAGUUCUUGUUGGCGAACAUCGAGUCGCUGAUUACGAGAAUCAAGAGUCUAUGGGUUGCGUUCACCGGUAACACCUCGGCAUUGUACGUCAUGUUGUAUCACACGCUGAGAGACUAUUGCAAGAGGGUGAGAUUGUUUCUGCACGAUAACAGGGGAAUCACGGAAUCGAAGCGGGAGAGAUCGUCGCGAGCCCUCGAUAACCGCCACAAAUACGAUCUCCUAGAACGAUUGCUGGCGCGUGUUAGCAAGGAGCAGGAAAAUGUUGCAAAGUACGUGGAUAUGACAUUCAAGGAAGAGAGUGGAAAGUCUAGCAAUUAAUGAUAUGGUACUCUUUAUCACAAUGUCUCGUACAAGAAGACACAAGACUUGUGGAAUAUAUAUAAGCUAGAUAAUAUUUAAAAUGUUUAAAUUGAUAAUAUUUUAUAUUUA